GAGAGAGAGAGAAAUGUAUUCCAGUUUACCUUUUCAUUCCCGAAGGUCUCCAGUUUAUAGUACUCAAGGAAUAUGUGCAAGUUCUCAACCUUUGGCUAGUGCUGCUGGAGCAAAGAUUCUUGCUUCCGGUGGGAAUGCAGCUGAUGCAGCGGUAGCAAUAGCAGCUGCGUUGAACGUUACUGAACCUUGUUCAACUGGUGUAGGAGGUGACUGUUUUGUCUUAUUUUAUUCCAACCAGACGAAAAGAGUACAGGCUUUACUUGGAAAUGGAUCAACACCGGAACAACUUACGCUAGACAGAGUAUUGGAAGCUGGAUACGGACCAGAGAAUCCACUGCCUCCUACGAGUGUACACACCAUUCCAGUUCCAGGUGCUGCUGCAGGAUGGAUAGAUACUGUUGCAACUUUUGGUUCAGGUAAUCUAACACUAAGAGAGAUAUUAGACCCUGCUAUUUCUCUUGCAAGAGAUGGUUUUCCUGUUUCUCCUAUUGCAGCUUAUCACUGGAAUAACUCCAUAGACUUGUUGAAGUCAGCAAAAGGUGCAAGUUCUAUAUUUCUAUGUGAAGGCCGUGCACCCAAAGCUGGAGAUAUUUUCAAGAAUCCUGAUCUUGCAAGUACUUUUGAACAACUAGCAAAGGAAGGAAAGGAUGCCUUUUACAACGGUGGAACUAUUGCACAUGCCAUUGUGGAAACGAUUCAACAAUUAGGAGGUUUUAUGACUAGGCAAGAUCUUGCAGCCCAUCGCAGUGAUUUUCAAGAACCGAUAAGAACAAGUUAUCGAGACAUGUAUGUAUGGGAAGUUCCUCCACCGACACAAGGAAUUGCAGCUUUGAUAGCACUCAAUAUUUUGGAAGCUUAUCCUUCCCAUUGGCAACAUUUUCAUGAUGCUGAACAUUUACAUGGCUUAAUUGAGAGUCUCCGGCUAUCUUUUGCUUAUGUAAGCAGAUAUGUUGCUGAUCCUUUGCAUCAUAAAAUACCCGUUGCUGAAUUGUUAUCCAAAUCGUUUGCCAAUCAAUUGGCCAAUAAGAUUAGUAACCGAGCAUUGUCACCAAAGGAAUUAGGUCCUAUGAAUCUAUCGUUCUCAGAUACUGUUCAAUUUUGUGCAGUUGAUGGAAAUGGAAAUGCCUGUAGUAUGAUCAAUUCUAACUUUGUUGGAUUUGGAACAGGUAUUGUUCCCAAUGGUUGUGGAUUUACUUUACAUAAUCGUGGUUUGAACUUUUCACUUGAUAAAAGUCAUCCCAAUGUAUUAGCUCCUAGGAAGAGACCGUAUCAUACUAUAAUACCUGGAUUGGCUACGAUGAAGAACAAUGGAGACCUUUAUGCAGCUUUUGGUGUUAUGGGAGGUUUCAUGCAGCCUCAAGGACAUGUUCAAGUAUUGAGUAAUAUGGUAAGUAGUGAAUAAUGACAUCGAUAGUUUAUCGAAAACUGAGUUGAGAAAGGUGGAUUGGAAUAUGAAUCCACAAGAAGCUUUGGAUGCCUCCAGAUUCUGCAUACAUGGCAAGUUUGAAGCACAAGCAUCAUCCAAUAUAGAAGACCACUUAGUGGAUAUAGAAGAUGGAAUAUCUCAUCAAGUCAUUCAACAAUUGAAAGAUAAAGGGCAUCCCAUUGCA